AUGGACAAACCAAUCCGCCGGGUAAUUGUCGGUCAUACUCCCCAAGGCAAAGCAACCUUCACCUCAGACGACAUUUUGACACCCUAUGAUCCGACUACAGCACCAGAAUUCUCAAUUCCGGGCCCAAACUCCGGCUUUGGCGUUGUCCAAAUCCACCGCUCUCGCGGCUUCCCAGCCGAUAACAUGCGUGAGCUACCAGACCCCCACAAGACCCUCGUCCCACUGGCCGAUACCAAGGGGCCUUCCUGUCGGAUCUUGGAUCUUCCUCCUGCGGAGUCAGGCUGGUUCCAUCGUACUCUGAGUUUGGAUUACGGCGUCGUUCUGUCUGGUACGGUUGGGAUUAUUACCGAUGGGGGCGAGGAGAAGAUUCUCCGUCAGCAUGAUGUUAUUGUUUGUCGAGGUGCGAAUCAUGAAUGGGUGAAUCGUGGUCAAGAUGUUGCUAGAAUAUUUGUGGUUGUUGUUCCGAGUAAGGAAAUUGUGGUUGAUGGCGAGAGAUUGGUGAAGACACCCGCAGGGGAGAUCUUUGAUCCUGAAGAGGAUUAG